AUGCGGUGCCGAGAGGGGUUCCCGCCCGGGCCCGGCCCCCCGCUGCUGCCGCGGGGGGUCCUGCUGCUGCUCGGUGUUUGCAAUGCUUUUUCCCUGGAAAUUAAAGCCAGCCCUAAAGUGCAAGCUUUCAUUGGUGAGCAAGUGUCACUGAAAUGCACCUUCAAAUCCAGUUCUCCCAUCUCCGACAGGCUGACAGUGGACUGGACAUACCGGCCCCUCUCAGGUGGUCAGAUGGAGACAAUUUUUCACUAUCAGUCAGUUCCAUACUCAACAGCAGUGGGAAAAUUCAAAGACAGGAUAUCCUGGAUUGGAAAUGUGGCCCAGGGUGAUGCUUCUAUUGCUCUCCAGAGCCCAGUGAUGAGUGACAAUGGGACAUUCAUCUGCAGUGUGAAGAACCCCCCAGAUGUGUACCAUAACAUUCCCCAGACAACCCUGACAGUCAUGGAGAGGGGCUUUUCCUUCCAGCUUACCUCCACCACGCUGCUGUCCAUUUUAGUGUUCCUCCCUUCCAUCAUCGUGGCUGUGCUGCUGCUGGUGAGGAUGGGAAGGAAAUUUGGAGUGCUGAAGGAGAAGAAAAAAACUGGCUAUAAGAAAUCCUCCAUCGAAGUGUCUGAUGAGCCUGAAAAUCCAGAGACAAGCAGGUGCCUGGGGAAGCUCAGAGACUGGUGCCUGAACUGUGUGGACUCGGAUGAGGAAGACCCAUACUGAUGACAGACCAGAGCUGUGGAUAAAGAACAAAAUUACAGCACUGAAAAUUAUGGCUAGAUAGGGAUGAAGGCUGCUGGGAAACCAGUGCAGAUUGAAGGACCUGCUCUGAUCUUAGUAGCUUGGAAGAAUCAUGCCAACGGGAUAAAUUCACUUUUAUUUAAGCACAAAACAAUGAUUUUUGAAAUCUUCCUAAUUCAUUGGGAAAAUCUCUCUUUAACCUCACUUUCUGAGUGCCUAAAGAAACCUCAGUGCCCACAGGUGUCCUACCAGCAGUCUGACAGCACAUCUGUCUUAGUUUACUUGCCAAUUUGUUUCCUUGAUUAUUGGUGACAUCCCUCCUUUCCUGUGGCCUUGAAUUUAGAUUCCCUGAAGCACAGGCUGCUCCAGAGUGACCUCAGCUCUCUAAGGUGAUCAACUCUGGCCACAGACAACGUGGUCUUCUCAGUUCUUUUGGAAUGUAUUUGCUUAAACAGUUUGAUCACGUUGUUAUUGGCACCUUUUGUCUGGGAACGAAGAGAACAUACUGAUUUUUAACUGUUUCUUGGUUUAAUCUGCCACUUGAUUACAGGAUCACCUUUUUGUUCCUGCUGUUUUCUGACUGUAUUUUUAAGAACCAACUAUGCAGUAGCGUUACCUUACAUUGCUGAGCUUUAUCUCUUUUUAAUUAUUUGUCCAACAGCUGCAUUCCCAGGCUACAUCUUCUACUUGCAGUAGUGAAGCACAAUUCAUAUAAUACCAUUUUUUUUAAAUCAGAAAUGCUAAUGGGGACUCUGUGUCUGGGGAAACACAACCCCAUCUACCUCAACCAUUGACUCAAGCCAUGUCCAAAGGAAUGUCCCGUGUUCAGAAGAACAGUCAGAUUCCUCCUCACUUCUUCUAGGUACUGUUUUAGGGAAACAGCUAAGCAUGCAUCGUUUAUGCCUGGUAAGAACUUUCCCUUUCACCAGCCUCGUUCAAUAUGAAUGGCAGAGAGCAGUGGAAUUCCUCUCUGCUCCAUACCUAAACAGCUGCUGUUUCCACUUACUUUUUGUGUGCAGCAUUGGUCAAAUAGUCUCCUUUUACAUAUUUGUUGUAAGUUUACUGUUGACUUUGUGCCAUUACCAAUAAAUUGCUUUGUUUCA